ACCUUUGUGCGCAUGCGUUUGUGUUGUAUGCGCAUGGAAGAUGGACGAUCUCCGUUCUUGGUGGGAAGUCCCAAGCAUUGCACAUUUUUGCUCCUUGUUCAGAAGUGCCUUUGAUUUGACAGAUUUUGAUAUCGAGGACUUGGAAGAGGGAUUUAUUCAAGCACAGACAGAAGAUGGCAGUGCUUUUUUGUUGGAUCUACUCUGUCAUCUGCUGAAUGGCUGCUAUGGAAGAAAAGACAUUACUAUAACAAAUUAUGACUUGUAUGUGAAGGACAUCAUAAAGUACAAAUGGGAUAUAACCGACAGUCCUAUCAAAGAAAAGUCAGAAUUCAAGGCUUUAACUUUGAGGGAGAAAGUAGAACUGAUAUAUGCUAUAUGUGAAUACAGACUUGACACAGAAGAUGUUAUUGAACAACUUAAGGGUUUUGAAGGAGAUAGUAUGCGAGUGGAGCCCCUUGGAAAAGACAAAGAUGGCGCCCUUUACUGGUAUUUCUAUGGUAGUAGACUUUACAUGGAAGACCCAGAACCAAAGAAAGAACUCACUAAGGAAGAAAAAAGAGCCAAGGAUAGGGAAAGGAGAAUUGAAGCAAAAAAGAAAAAACAAGAUGAAAAGAAGCAGAAGAAGGAAGAAAAGAGAAAAAUGAAAGCUCUAAGGAAAGUAGAAAGGAAAAAGAAACUUGAGGAGGCAAAGAAAAUUGAAGAAAGCAAUACAAGACGGAGUGGGCGAUUACGUACUCGAAAAAUUGAAAUUCCAGAGAGCGAAUCUUCUGACACUAGUAGCUCUUCAGAAGAGGAGGAAGAAACAGAGGAAUCUUCACACGAUGAAUCUGAAAAGGUUGAAAAGAAGAGUAGUAAAGGAAGAGCCAAGAGAACACCUGCCAAAACAACCACAAAGAAAGAAACAACCAAUCAGAAAACACCAUCAACAAAGAAGGAAACCCCUUCAAAGCAGGGAACAAGAUCUAGCAGUAGGAACGUUGCUAAACAACAGAAAAACCCCGAUCCCAAAACUCUACAAGCUGACACUGGUACUCGACGGAGUGCAAGGAGUCGAAGGAAACCAGAACCACCACCAUUACCGUCUCCAUAUAACAGCGAAACAGAAGAGGAUAAUGAUUAUGACAAUGACAGUGGUCACGAGUCAGCAGGCUCACUGAGAUCUGAAACAUCAAAGGUGUCUGUAAGGUCUGGCACAUCCAAGAAAUCUGUUACUCCAGGGAAGAGAUCCGCACGGAGACCAACUGUAAAUGUGGACUUGAAAAGAGAUCUGAGUCGUACAGACGAAGAUGGAGAUGAAGAAGAGGAAAAGAACAAUGAUGUUUGUGACAAGGAAAAUGAUGAGAAGGAAAAAGAUGAUGUGACUAGUUGUAAGGACAAAGAUGAUGAUGAUAAGAAGGAAAAAGAUGACAAAGAAACUGAUAAAGAUUAUUGCAAGGAGGAAAAUGAAAUGGAGGUCGAUGAUGAUAAUAAUGGAAAAGGCUUAUGUUUGACAGAAGAAGGAAAAGGUGAUAGUAAGAAAGAAGGUGAUGAAGUAGAAACCAGUAAAGAUGAGAUUGUUGAAGAUGAUGGUAGUGGUGAGGGAAAAGUGGAUAAAAAGAAGACUGUAGAUGACAGUGAUACAAAGGUAGUUGCAGAUGCCGGUACCAAAAGUGAGCAUGAAUUAUCGAGAGAAACUGACGAGAUAGAACCGAAGGAGGAACAAACAGAUCAGGUCAAAGUUGAAGAAUUAGAGAAAACGGAUAACACAUGUGAUAACAAGAAUUCUGAAAACAUUUCAGAGAAAGAUGAGAAUAGGGAUGUUGCUGCAGCUACAGCUGAUUCAGAUAAAGAUGAUGUGAAUAUUAAAACUGAAAAUACUGAAGUUAAGACAGAAGAAAAAAUGGAAACUGAUAAUGAUAAUGCAGUUGUUAGUGAAAGUACUGUUGAGAAAAAAGAUACAGAAUCAGAAAAUAGUAACAUUGAAAAGGAAAAUAUUGAUGUUAAACCAGAAAUUGAGGAGACCUCUAAUGAUUCCAAUGAUGCAGGUGUUAAGAGAGUUUUAAGGAAAAGAAAUGCCGAAGAAGUAAAAACAGAACCAAAGAAUUCUGAUGAUGAUAGUAAAGAGGGAUCUGAAGCAAAUGAGGAAAGUAAUUCUUGUGAAUUCAGUCUGUCCAAACCGGCAGUUGCUCCCCAGCCGUCAAAGUCAUCAACUCGCUGGCAUCUGGUGUGUGAGACACUGGACGAUUGGAUAAAUUUUGCAGAAUGGUAUAAGGACAGUCCAGUGAGAUGUGAGAAGUCACUCUCAAAGGUGAUAAGGGAAGAUUUCCUACCAGUUCUGCCAGAAAUCAUUGAAGCAAGGGAGAAAGAGAAACAGAGACGCUACUUGCAAGAGCAGGAUCUUCGAAGAUCUAAUAGAAUAACUAUGAAGAUGCGGGAGAAAAUGGAACAGGAAAAGAUUCUUGCUGAGGCGCUAGCAGAGGAAGAGAAAGCAAGGAUCAAAGCUGAAGAGGAAAGAAGACUGAAGGAAGAACAGUUAAGACUGGAAGAUGAAAAUAGACAGAGGGAAGAAAGAAGAAAGGCUAGAGAAGAGAGAGCAAAGCGGCUGUCUAUGAGAGAGGAACGAGCAAGGUUACUGGCAGAGGGUAAGGAGAUACCACCUGAAAUGAUCUACACCGCACCAGCACAGAAAUACAAAGAUGAAGGGGAAGAUUCUGACGACAGCAAAUGUGAUCUGAAAGAGGAAGAGGAUUAUGAAGCCUUAACGAAAGUAAUAAAUGCUAUGAAGUACCAUAAAGAUUGUUGGCCUUUUCUGGAACCAGUCACAGAUGAACAAGCACCUGGCUACAGUGAUGUCAUCAAGCGGCCAAUGGACUUGUCAAAAAUCGAGGAAAAAGUAGAGAAUCGGGAGUAUCGGUCAACACAGCAUUUCCUGUCCGACUUUAGACUGAUGUUUAAUAACUGUAAACGGUUUAAUGGACAAGAUAGUGAAUUUUCUGACUGUGCCAGAUCAAUGGAGAAUAUGUUGAAGAAAUACAUGAAAAGAUUUGUAAGUGAAGAACCAACUGACAAGUAUUAUGAGGACAAAACAUUCAUGGUACCCGGAAACAGGGGUGCACCCCGUACUGGAGAAAAGCGGUACCGGCCACAGAGGGCUGCCAGCUCUAGAGCUUUGCAAACUGUACACAAUGCACUUAACAGUGAUGAUGAAGAGACUGACAGUGAAGAGGAGGAUAAGAUUCCAGUGAGAAAGAAACCAAAAGAGUCUACAGAAUCACGGUUCAAAACCCAGUCACAUCAUAAUCUGCUGCUUCAGGAGAUGAUCGAAUUAAAACGGCAGCGAGAGAAGAAAUUAGCAGCUAGCGCUCUACAUAACCAUGGAAUCAUCACUCGUGGACCAGAGAGAAUCCGAGUGCCUGACCCUCAAGGUGGUGUUAUGAUAAUACCAAAAGCUGAAAUGAAUUCCACUGGUGUACUUAGGAUGGCUGCCACCCGAGAAAUAAAACGUAAAGUUUUUACACAGCCAAAUUUAGCACAAAAUGUUGGUCGCCUCAGUAGACCACAGGUGGUUCAUACUCUGGCUAACCAGAACCAGACUGUUGUGAAAGCAGACUUGAGUAAGAAGGAUGCAGGAUUAAGUAUCAUUGAUCAAACUACUCCUGGAUCAACACAACCAAAAACAAUCCGGAUUGUUGCAUCAAAUGCUAAUGGACAACCCUCAGUUAAGCAGACGGCAGAAAAUGUCAGAGUCUCUUCAGAUGGAUAUUUGAUAAUAAGUGGUAAAAAUUCUGGAAUAAAGGUGACAGAAAAUACAAAAAUUGUGAUACAGCCCCCAGGGGCAACACCACCAUCUACGGAGGGUGGGAGUAUUCCACAGGCAUCUGGAAAAGAAGUUUUGAUCAAGAAAAUUCCUACUCCUUCUAGUUUUAAACAGCUGCCAGGAUUAAGUCUAUCUAGUAUUACUAACACACAAGGUAAUACAUUAACUGCUUCACCUAGUGCUACAAUGCAAACACCAGGCCAGGUACCAGCACAAGGUGUUAGUGCAUCCCCUAGUUCCCAGGUUCCAAAUCAGCAGCAGAUAAAUUUGCAAGGACUACUGAAACAGACUGCGGUUAACCCACAGUUGAACCAGCAACAAGCUUUGCAAGGUUUAGUUCAUCAGAUUGGCAAUAAAGGAAACCUUUCCCCAGAAAUGAAGAAAAAACUUGACAUUGCUCAAAGAAUUCUGCUUCUGAACCAGCAGAAGAGACAGUUAUUGGAACAGCAGAAACUGAUUAAGCAGCAUAAACAAGAACAACAAAAUGGACCAUCUCCAGGAGUUUGCCCACCUAAGAUUAUAAAACUAGAUUCAAGUUCAGGGGCGGGUAACUCUAGUGCAAUCGAAGAAAGAUUGAGAGAUCCAAGUUUAAAUAUAGACAAACAGCUUGGAUCUGUUUCUCAAAAUGUGAUAAGCAAUGUUAACAUAGCCAGUGAUAUAUUAGAUACCUAUUACAGUGUGUUGAAUGAUGCAAAAUCAACAGCCAAUAACCAAAAUGUGCCAUCUGCCACAGUGACAAUGCCCCAGAAUACUCAGUCAUUGACUCGGAAUACAAGCAUGCCUCAGAAUAGUGCAAAUAUAGUUGUGUCUCUGCCGCACACCUCAGUUCAAGGUGUGACUGGCCAGACAGCACAAAAUGUGCCAGUUCCUCAAAACCAAAAACCAGCACCUGCGCAAGGAAAUAUAUCUGAAGUGACUCGACAGAUUUAUGAUUUAAUAAAUAAGACAGGGACAGGUGGUUUAGUGUCUGCAUUAGCAAAAGCUCAGCUGAUGAAACAGAAUGUACCUACGUCAGUGUCACAAAGUGGUGCUGAAUUAAUUGGAAUUCCGAAAGUUCAACUUUCCUCUGUACCCAGUCAGAAUGUUACAGUUUCAGAUAUAGUUAAUCAAACACAACAGGUUAUUGUUAGUCAGUCAUCACAGGUGGAUAAUCAAACUCCCCAAGUGGUUGUUCAGACACCAAAGGUGGUUGUGCAAGCACCACAGAUUGUUAAUCAGACACACCAGGUUGUUAAUCAAAUACCACAAGUUGUUAAUCAAGUAGCACAGGUUGUUAAUCAAGCACCACAGACUGUGCCAACCUUGACUUCAAAUAGUUCUAUUUCCGAUUUGCUUAGGUCAGCAAUGUUAAAACCAAACACUGAAACAAGUUCUGAAGUAAGUCCCAUCGAAGCUUUACUUUCAAAGACCACACCAACCAAAGUAGAAACGGAUAGCGUUUCAAAGACUGUUCCGAAAUCUCCACUGGUUCAAGCUUUAACAAGUCGAACCCAGUUAUCAUUGAAUUCUGUCCCUAAAACAUUUGAAUCAUCUCCAGAAAAGAAUGAAAGGCAAAAUCUGUUUGAUUCAUUUGAAACCAGUAAAUCAAGUGCAGUUCCAUCUGCACCACCUGCAAGUGCAAAUGACCUAAAUUUAACAGGUCAGAUGGAAAAUACAGAUGUGACAAAAGAGAUUAAGUUGAAGUUAAGAGCAGACGGCAUUUCUUUACCAGCUUCGAGCACCUUGAACUUUGGAUCUCCUUUGAAGACGUCAUCAGUGUUAGAGGCAUUGAAGUGCAAAUUACACACCGUGAAACCACAGUCACAGAAUAGUGAAAACCCAAAUUCUGCUGAAAGUGAAAAUGUGUGUAUUUGCAGUGAGCUUGCCUCUAGUAUUCCUCCUACAGCUGCUGCUUAUGACGUAAUCUGUGAACUUCAUCCUCAUUGUACUUGUAUAAAACCAUCUGUAUUUAGACUUUCAUCUGACCUUAACACUGCAUGUACACCUAGCACUAGUCAUAGCAUAGAAUCACCUAACUGUGGUAUAGAGUUACCUAACUCUGAUAUUGAUUCACCUAACUGUAGCUUAGAGUCAGUUUGCACAGUUCAGUCAGAAAAGAUCCUUCAGAACAAAUGUGCUGAGGAAAUGAACAUGAAAAACACAAAAGUUGAUGAAAAUUGUAUAGAAAAUGAUGAAAUUCAUACAGCAGUACCAUUAGAAAAGUUUUUGCAGGCUGCUCCCAAUAAAGAAAUAAAAUAUGAUAAGAUUGAAACUAGUUCUGAAAAUUCCAGUUGCAAAGUUGCAACAAAACGCUCUGAAAUUCAAAAUACAAGGGAAGAUGAGCACUCAUGUAAUGAUUGUGAAAAACAAAAUAAGAAUAGGAAGAUGUCCCAGAAGAUAAGAAUAAAGAUUGCAAUAGAAAAUAAUGGUAAAGCAAAUGUUAAAGAUAUAUCUGUUGAGAAAUCAGAUGGCAUUAAAGAUGAUAAGGAAAUAAACAAGGUUGUUGGAGAUUUAAUUUCUUCAGAAAAUGAAGUUGGAAAUGAAGUGAUUGAAGACUUACCUCAUGAAAGACAAAUGUUUUGUUAUGAUGCUAAAGAAAACAUGCAUUCAAAAGAUUUAGAAAGUAAAAAAGAACUAUCUGAGAAUGAAUCUGAUAAUAACAUCAACAAACACAUUACAGUAGAUGAAAAUAACAACACAGAUGUAAGUAAAGUACACGAAGAUCAGGUUAACAUGCCUUUUUCCAAAACUGAUAGUUUGGAGGGGAACGGAUCUGUAGAUAUUAAACAAAGAACUGUAGUUGAUCAAGAAAAUCCAAUAGAAUUUGUUGUUAAAAGGAUUCAGUCUGAAGCUGAAGCUCUGGAAUGGCCAGGUGGAGACUGUACAACUGAAGUGCUGACACUUGUACCAAAGAUUCCUUCACCAAUCUCCAAGAAGUCUGAUAAAUGUCAGGAUUUGGAAUCUGAGAUUGAAAUUGAGGAAAAAGAUUCAUCUGUAAAAAUUGCUGGAAAGACAAGCUGUUACAAAGUGAAAAAGCAACAAGCAUUAUCCAAAGAAGAUAGUCAACAACACAUUGAUGAAGGAAGAAUUGUUUUGUCUCGGCCUUUACCAAAUAGUUAUUAUCCGCUAGGAAUAUAUAGUCCAAUCUUAGAUAGAAACUACCAACCAGAGAAGAAAGGUAAAAGUCAAGUACCAAUAAAAAGUGACUUGCACCCUGUCUUGUUUAAUAGGCCGCUAGUUAAAAGAGCUAAAAAGAAAAUUAAAGAAGAAGAACAGUGUGAAACUAAUUUGAAUAAUGUCAGGGUGAGAAGAAAAGUAAUCCGACUCUCUGCUGAGCCUGUGAAAAUGUACAAAAUAUGUGGGGCCACUUACAAAAAACCUGAUCAACCUUUGGAAGCAAAAGGUCCAGCAGCUGACAGAAGUACUGUUUAUCCCUUAGGGACAGCUAGUAGCAAUAAGUUUGAUCAUGACAAGGCAGAGACACUGAAAAAGAGGGCAGAUCAUAGUAACAGGGACACUUCAGUUUUAAGGUCCAGAGAAAUAUACAAUAAGCAAGAUAUUUUGCUGGCUGCAUGUCAAGACUUGAAAAACAUUUCAGAUAAAGGAGAUGCACCUCAUACACCUGGAAGUCUUUUUAAGUCUUACAUGGACAUAGAAUCUAACAUGCCUUUAGCUGAUAUAGAUGUUAAUAAAAUAUGUGAUGAGGAUUUUUUCUCGACUGAACUUUUUUCUCCUAUUUAUCCUUCUAACCCUUUUUAUGGUGAUGGUUCUGAUAAAGAUCCUGAACUAGAAAAAAUUGAAAAUGACAUUUUUGAAUUGCAGGAUAAAUAUUCUACAUCGGCAAGUUCCUUCAGCAGUUUGCUGCCAGAUCAGAUAACAUUGCCCUCAGCUUCUGGGAAUGCACAAAAUUCUAGUGCCAUCAGUGGUUUUAGUCCAAAUGUUCUUAAUGCCCAACCACCAGGCAUGGCUGUAAGUUUAAAUUCCAGUAAUCAGGCCAUUGUUGCAACUGGAACUAUGGGACAGGUGAUGUCAUUGGACUGUUCAAACAUACCGACUUCAGUUCCUGCUUCUGGGAAUGUACUUCAAAAUACUUCCCAGGGAGGUGGAAUUCCACUUGUGUUUUCAUCAGCACCGACUAUUCAAGUUCCUACAAAUUUGAUGCAAGGUAAUGUUCAGUCAGCCAUGUUACCAACUGUGUUAUCACAAGAAAAUGGGAAUCUACCAAAUGUAUCGACAGUACAAGGUACGUUUCGGCAAGGUCCAGUGCAAGUACCCAGUGCCUUGUUACAGGCAUUGAAGCAAGGUACAAGCGGCGUAACAGUCAACCAGUCCACACAGAGUGCAUUACUACAACAGUUGAAUACUCUGAUAAGUAAUCGCCAACCGAAUCUCCAGUUGGGCACACAAUGUACAAGUGUUGUGAACAAUAUUCAGCAAAUAAACCCGGCAAAUACAGUACAACUAAUUAAUCACCCUGUAAGUUCUAUACUGGCAUCUAGUACUUUGCAGUGUAACCUUCCAAAAGUUCAUGUUCAGAAUAUACCACAGCUUUCAGAAGUGACUUUUGGUAAUAUUGGAAGUAUUCAGAGUGAUAAUCCAGGACAAAUUAAAAUGGAUGCUAUAAAUGAAAGCCAAGGUAUGGAUGUAAAUAGCACAUAUUCUGCAAACAGUGUUGCUAUGACGAACCCUGGUGUAGUAAGUGACUCUGUAGUGUUCAGUAAUCAUCUUGGUACAGCUGAUGGUACAAAUGUGUUGAAUAAUUUUGUUGCCAGUAAUCUCAGUGUUGUGAACCAGACAAGUGUUGUGACUGAUGGAAGUAUUACACAGUCUGACCAGCAGUCAAACUUCCAAAUGACUGGGACUGAUGAAGAAAUGAUAGAAACCAGUCAGGAUGCAAACACCUCAUUGACUGAUACAGCAGAGAACCAGUCCCAACAUAACUUUAUAAGUUAACAGAUCUGCCAUCAGUACUAGACAAGAGUGACAGUACUGGCAAAUGUGAAACGGCAUAUGUAGAAGAAGACACAAACGAACCAACAAACCAAGAUGAACAAUUUCAACACUUGUGAACAAAAAGAGCUUGGCUUACGCAAUGCUUGUUAAAUAAGGGCAUUAUGAUACAUGACAUGUUAGUUACAGAUGUAAUUAUUCAUUUAGUCUAUGUGUUUAAAUAGACUAAUCUUACUAAAUUAUGUUUGAAAGUUAUGAUUUUGUUGAACUUCUGUAUUUGUAUGAUGAAAAUAAUAUUUGAUGAUAUUUUGAUUUUUUUUUUUUCAUUUGCAGCAAAGUUGGUUGAGAAAUAGAAUGCAUUUUUUCUACAUACAUCAUUUCAAAGCAGCUCAAUGUUAGUGAAAUGUGUUAGUUUUUUAAUUCAGAUUAUAGGCAUGCAUUCAUUACAAAAUAGCACCCACAUUAUUUAGCAAAGUACUUUUUGGCAUGUUUUGGGAUUGCUCCAUUUUGGCACACUAUUUUUUCAGAGACCAUUGAUAAGUUUUGAUAAUAUGAAAUUAGAUAUUGUUGUUUUUUUUUGAAGAAGUGGUGGUAUAAUGCUUUGCAUCUGUUGGUCAGUCCAUCUGUUAGUAGACCUGACAGUUUCUGCCCAAGAGAACCACUUGACCCAGAACAUUCAGACUUGGUAGCUUGAUUGGGCUUAUGAAGUAGAUGAUUCCUAUUGUUUUGGGGGGUCAGUAGGUCAAAGGUCAAGGUCACAAGGGCUCAAAGCUCGAGAAUGGUUUCCACCCAAUAACUUGAGAACCAGUUGACCAAGGACUUUCAAGUUUGGUAGCAUAAUUGUGCUUAUGAAAUAGGUGACCUCUAUUGUUUUGGCGGUGUCAUUAGUUAAAGGUCAAGGUCAUAGAGGCCCAAACCUAGAGAACGGUUUCCACCCAAUAACUUGAGAAUCAGUCGACACAGGACUUUCAAAUUUGGUACCAUGAUUGGGGUUAUGAAGUAAGUGACCCCUGAUGUUUUGGGGGUCAGUAGGUCAAAGGUCAAGGUCACAUGGACCUGAACCUUGAAAACAGUUUUUGCCAAUAACUUGAGAACCACUAGACCCAAAAUCUUCAAACUUAGUAGCAUUAUUUGGCUUAUGAAGUAGAUGAACCCUAUAGAUUUUGGGAUCCGUAGGUAAAGGUCACAGGAUUCUCAGCCUUGAAAACAGAUUCCGCCCACUAACUUGAAACCAACUUGACCCAGACCCUUUAAACUUGAUAACAUGAUUCGGCUAGAUGGCCCCUAUAAUUUUUGGGGUAAGUAGGUUAAGGUCACAGAACCUGAACAUUUAAAACUCUUUCUGCGCGGUAACUUGAGAGCCUUUUGAUCAAGAACCUUCAGAUUUGAUAGCAUGAUUGAUUGUAAUGAAGUAGAAGACUCCUAUUGUUUUUAGGGUCAGUAAGUCAAAGGUCACAGAAGCCUCCACCUUGAGAAGCGUUUUCCACUCAAUAACUGGAGAACAACUUGACCCAGUAUCUUCAAUCUUAGCAUGACUGAGUUUUUGAAGUCGGUGACCCCUAUUGGUAGGUGGGGGGCGCGUGUGGUUAGUAGGUCAAAGGUCAAGGUCGUGGUGAUCACAGGACUGAAAAUGUGACAACCCAUCAUUAGGGGUAUAUGUGUCUUACAAACCUCUCUUGUUUAUAUUUAUACAUAGAAUUUAAUGCAGUAAUGUUGAUACAGGUUUCUGUCAAAUUUGUUGAAAUGAUUAUAAAAAAUGUAGAAUUGCUGCAAAUAAAAAAAAAUGCAAUUUAUUUUUAGUUGUCUGAAAAUUGGACUUAAAAAGUCAUCAACAUUUUAAGUCUCAAACUUAAGAUCACCCAAGUAUUCAAUUUGCUGUAACUUUGUUUAUAGUAAAUUUAUAGUAAUGAACAUUUUAGAGCUGUCUAUUGUUACAAAUUGCAUACCUAUGUGUAUUUUCAUUACUUUCUUUGCUAAUUUAAUAAUGACAGAGCAAAAACAAAAUAUGUGCCACACCAUAAGAAAACCAACAUAGUGCAUCCGCGCUGUCUGGUCAGGAUCCAUGCUGUUCACUUUCAAAGCCUAUUGCAAUUAGAGAAACUGUCAGCGAACAGCAUGGAUCCUGACCAGACUGCGCGGAUGCACUAUGUUGGUUUUCUCAUGGCAUGGCUCAUAUAACAUUUUUAGUCAAAGUCUUUAAUGCAAAUGGGCCUUGAAGGUGCUGCAUGUGUAUCUAAGGAAUGUUCUUCUGUCUGAGUGCAUGAUUUUUACAGAAGAUUGUAAAUUUAAUUGAAUGUUAUUGAUAUAUAGUUAGAGAUUUAUGUAUAUAAAGAUAUGUUAAUGUUUUAAUUAAUUUUAAAUCUGAUUUUGUGCAACAUUUAGUCAGUGGUUGUGAUCAAGUGUAUGUAAAAUAUACUAAAGGGGCAUGCCUCUAGAUUUGUCAUAAUAUUAGAUCUCCCUAAACAGAUGACAACAUGUAUAAAAUAUCAGAAGGUUCCAAUAAUUACCAGAACUCUUCAGACAGAUUCAAGCAUGUUUAAAAUAUCAGAACUCUACAAACAGAUGACUACAUACAUAAAAUAUAAGAAAGUUUAAAUGUAUAAAAUGUCAGAAUGACAAUAUGCAUAAAAUAACAAAACACCUGAAUUGAUAUCACACAAGUCUUUAUAUUUGAAGAAAUCUGUACAGUACUGUUAGUUAAGAUUCAGCCAUUUAAAACUCGCAUUUUAAUUGCAUGACUAUUCAUAGCUGUAGAUGGCUUUCCAACAUAUUUCACAUACUAUUCAGAAUGCCUUUUACCAAAUGAAAGCACUUUUUAAUUAAAAAAGUGAAAGACAAUCUGGAGUUGUGCCCCUUUAAGUAAAUUAUCAUUUGCCUUGAUUUAUAUCUUUUUAAUAGAAUAUUGUUUGUUUAUAGAGCCCAUGUAACUUUGUAAUAAACUGAAGUGUGAUCUCAACUUUUUUCAGGCCAACCAGUAUCUAGUAGUCUAUGACCUACAGUUUUAGUACCAGAAUUGAGAAUUGACAUAUAUUUUGAAAUAAUUAAAAUUCCUCCUUUUGUAAAGAGGCUAAACUUGAAUUUAUGCCAUUGUUGACAGCAGCUUUUGAAGAGUUGUUCUUUGACUACCCUUGACUGCUCAGUCUCUGAGUGAGCAUAGAAGUAUAGUAAAACGGAGAUGAAAUUUCAAAGAAAAAAUGUCAGUACAUUCCAAAACCAAUGAAUUAAAAUGAUAAUUUUCCUAAAGAAACUAGUUGAAAGCAUAAGAUAAGACAAUUGAACCAAACUAUUAUAUAUGCAGAUGGAAUCUGUGUUUAGUAGUAUUAAAUACACAUGGGUUAUAGAAGUUUAAAUGUUGUUUGGUGACCAUUUGUAUAUUGUUCUGAUUUCUGUUAGCAAAGAAAGAACCUGGCUGUUUUUAGAUAACCUAAAAGUAUGUUUUGCUCCAUAUUUUUCUUGUAUAGUUAUCAGUUCAUUUUCUGGGCAUUAGUCGCAGUGACCUCACUAGGUUGUUGUGGUUGCUGUAGCAGAAAAAAAAGUGCCCAUUUCAUUAGUUCUGGGCAAUAAGUUUGUCUGCUUGCAAGGUCUUUGAACAUCAGGUAAGGUGUUCACUACAAAAAAAUGGGCCAAAGAGACACACAGAGAGUAAAUUAUGUGUAUUUAUAAAACAUACAGAAUAGUACAUAACAUAACAUGCACGAAAAUUGGUUAAAACUGGCUUUCAAAUUAUAUAAUAUAUUCCAUAUCCUUGUUCUUUCUAGUUUUGGCUCGUCUUUGCAGCAGAUUUUUGCAUUUUAUUACUUAAUUGCAUUGAAAAUAAAUCAUUGACUUUACUUUUUCAACCUGUUUUUAAUCUGAGAUGAGUAAUUAGUUACAGCUUGAUUUUGUGCUUUGAAAUUUCAUUUUUGAAAAACUGCUUUGACAAAAAAGAUUGGUGUUUUAUAAUGAUGAUACCUGUCAGCUUGUAUUAAUUGUCUGCAUGUUCCAAGUUACCUGCAUUUUAUAUGCUUAUUUUUGAAGCAUAUACCCAUAGCAAUGGUUUAUGAUGAUUGCAUGUGUUUAAUAGAUGAUUCCUGUUGUUUUGGGGUCGAAGGUCAAGGUCUUAGUGACAUUGAAACUGAAAAUGUUUACUAUCUAUAACUUGUGAAGACUUGCAUACAUCAGACUUACUAGGAUGGCUUUUUAUAGUCAAUAGAUGACCCCUGUUGAAUUUUAGAUCAAAGCUUAUAUUCACUUGCUUUGAAAAUGGUUUAUUCCUGUCAGUUUCAGAAGUCAAAGUUCAAGGUCACAUUUAAUUUUAAAAGAAGUGUUGGAUCAUUACCGGUAACUUGAGAAGGCUUUUGCUUUCAAAUUUGUAACUUAACAGAAUGGUUGGAGUGGUGACUAUUAAUUAUUAUCAUUUAAUUAUUAUCAUAUGCUAAGUAGAUGUUAACAUAGUUCUAUAUUAAUGACUGAAACAUUUUCUAAAUGCUAUGGCCUACAGUAGUCUAUUUUCACAGAGUGAUUGUGUGUUACAUCUAUUGCUCUUGGGGUCAGAUGUCAAGGUCACAGUGACGGGGAGACUGAAAUGGUUGGCCCCUAUUGCUUUUGGGAUCAGUAGGUCAAGGGUCAAGGCCACAGUGCCAUUGAGACGAAAAUUGGUUUGAAUUCUGUUUAUACUUGAUGAGUCUGAAAGUUACACAAGUAACUUGAACUGGCCAUCCUUGAGGCACGUGUUUUACAAACGUCCCUUGUUCAAUAAUUCUAAGCAGAGUUUUUUAAAAUUGAUUGUUUUAGUUUCUGAUAUUCAUUAAAAGAUAGUAAAGAUUGUUUAUCACCUAAAUUGUGCAGUUCAGAUAGAACUCGUAUGUUCUGGAGAUUAAAGAAAUUUGCAUUGCUACUGCAAAUUGGUAAAUCAUGUCAUUUAAAAAUAUUCUAGUCCACCAGGAUAGCUCAGCAGGUAGAUCACAAGACAGUGGCCUGAAAGAUCUCUCUUUCAAUUCACAGGUAAAUCAAGUGUUGACAGAAGAUAGUGCAUCUGUAGGCCUUUGGCCUCAUCCUCUGAUCCUUUUAUUCAUGAUGGCAAGUUGUCGGCUACCUAUUGAGAACAAGUUAGUACAGGUAGUGAGCAAAAUUUAUGCUACGGAAUCUUGUUCUUUGCCUAGCUUUUCAUUUGGCAAAUGCUAAAAGCAGUCCUACUAGAUCUGCAAAGCAGGUUUUUUACUCCAAAGAUUUUACCUAAUUCAUUAAAAAACAUCUUUGUUUAUUUUGCUUCACACCCAGUUUGAUUUUUGAUGAGCGGACUGUUCUUUGAAACGCUUAUGUGUCAUUUGUCAAAGAUUUCAUUAAUCCCUUUGAAGUACAAUGUUGUUAAUAACUGAAUAAGAUAGUUGAAUCUUUUACUAAUUUAAUUGUCAUUGUUUAUUCUAACUUUACAAUUUGUUAUGCAUGUACUAAAUGGUUAUUUUUAUGAACAAUAACUGGUGCAGAUAUAGCAUAAGUCAGUUAAAUGAUAAAAUCUUUAUUUACAUUUUAAAUGGCAUCAUUCAUUUGAGAGUUUUUAUCAGUUCUUCAGAAUAUACUUCAUUUUGACCUUGUUAGAAUAUUGUUGUAGAGAACAUGAAUGUUGAUUUUGUGCAUCAUGUUGUUUUGCGUUUUUCUAAACUUUGAUUAUAAUCAAGUAUUGCAUUAUUUCAUUAUUUGUAAAUGUAUAUGUAAUAAAUUUAGGGUCUUGCUACA